AAGCAACCAGGACCUUAGACACAAAGCCAUAUGAUGGCCAUGAUGUCACUCCUCUCCUCGUUCCUUUUGGUAAUGGCAGUUUGGGGAGGUCAUCACACAAAUUUGGCGAGUGCUGAAGGGAUAGUAAUCUCAAGUUCGGCAACUGCGCUUACUGAGUAUUGGCAAACUAUGGUUCCCAACUCUCCCAUGCCACUUGCCAUACUUGAGCUCCUUCUCACAUCUACCGGUCAAGAUGAUCACAUGGGCAAACAAGACACCAACAACAUCCACACACCAAAUAAAUGGACCGGAGAGAAAUACGUUGGGGCAUCCCUUCCCAAAUCACGAAAAAUUGGUCUACAUCCUACCAUUGAUGCAAAUGCAAGAACAGAAACCGACAACCAGAAGAAUCAAAUUUGGUUUUAUGGAUGGGGCCCACGGAAAAUCAACAACGAGAAGACCAUUAAAGGUUUGGUAAGGGAGCCGGUGAAAGAUAUCUACGACAAGAAGAAACAAGUUUGGUUUUAUGGAUGGGGCCCACUAAAAAGUAGCGACGAGAAGACAAGAAAUGAAUUAGUAAGGGAACCAAUAAGAAAACUCUAUGAUAAGAAGAAUCAAAUUUGGUUUUAUGGAUGGGGCCCACAAAAAAUGAAUAAUGAGAAGACCAUGAGAGGUUUGGUAAGGGAGCCGGUGAAAAAUAUCCACAACAAGAAGAAACAAGUUUGGUUUUAUGGAUGGGGCCAACUAAACAUUAGCGACAAGAAGACAAGAAAAGAAUUAGUAAGGGAACCGGUCAGAAAAAUAUACGAUAAGAAGAAUCAAAUUUGGUUUUAUGGAUGGGGCCAAGUACAAAACAGCAAUGAGAAGGUGGCGAAACAAUUGGUAAUGGAACCGGUCAAACAAGUCUAUGAAGAGAAGAAUCAAUUUCGGGGUCCACAAGCCAAGGAUGAUGGUGCCCGCGAGUCAGGCAUGCAAGAAGAUGAUGGGCACCAAGGAGGGAGCCGUAUCCAUGGAGAAUCUACUGUGUCAAACAUCAUCUUCUUCGAAGAAUCGCUUAAACCGGGAUCCACGAUCACACCCUACAUCCAACCAUCAGCUACAUCAGGCGCUCCCUUGCUGCAACGUGAGGUCGCCAACACCAUACCCAUGUCCACGGAGAACUUCACCGAUAUCCUGGCGAUGUUCGCACCGGUGUCCAGCGCCAUGGCCGACGACGUGUGGGUGAUGCUGGAUCUGUGCGAGCGCCCCAGCCUAGUCAAGGGCGAGAAGAAGACGUGCGCUACCUCCGUGGAGUCAAUGGUAGAGUUCGCCGCGUCCGUGCUCACCGGAGGCAACACUCGUGGCCUCCGCGCUUUCUCCUCCCCCGACGUGCCUGCAGAGGGAGUCACGUCGAGCAGGAAGUAUAAGGUGGUGGCGGCGCGGAGGGCCACAGAGUCGAGCAAGACCAUGACAUGCCACGGGAUGAGCUUCCCCUUCGUGGUGUUCAUGUGCCACGCGGUGAACCCUACCAGGACGUACGAGGUGACGCUCGAGAGCGAGGACCUCACGUCGAGGAUAGUGCUGCUUGCCGUGUGCCACCUCGACACGUCAGAGUUCGACCCCAUGAAGAUGCCUGGACACGCCAAGCCAGGGGAUGCUCCGGCUUGCCACUUCAUCCCCAGGGACAGCGUCCUCUGGGCUCCGGUUGCACCCGCCGCUGCCGCCGCCGCUGCUUAACUACAUAAUACUAUCAAAAUAAUAACAGUCCGUACAACUACGUAGGGCGCAGGCAUCCAUGGGUACUGUGUUUGUUUACGUGCGUCCGUUGUUGGACUUGGUUUGUGUGUACGUACGUUUGCUGUUGUUGUUGUAUGUACGCUCUUUGCAAUGCAUGGCACCGCGCUAUGCCAUUGCCAUAUAUAUACAGUAUCCAUAUCUA